AAGCUGUUAUUCCGACCGAUGUCGGGAAAGUGAUUUCUCUCGGAAGUUUUUGAGCGACCUUUAAGACAGUCUUAACUGUUUUUCUGUGGCUGUUUUCAUAUACCAACGACUCCACAAGUAACUCAGCUACAGAAAGAUACUAAACACUUCAAAAUUGACACAUUUUUUGACUCUACAAACAGAAUAUUUUGGUGAGUGCCCGUAUUAAAAACAGUGACUACUUCUUUACACAACUCGAGCUCUUUCAAAAGUCACACAAUUUCUCUCCUACGAAACUCUAUUUGCCCUGAGACAACAAGACAUAUUGUUGACCCUGUUCCAGUAUCUACGAGUCCCCAACAUGGCACAGCUGUAACCCCAUGGAUCGACUCCAUUCAGGACGAAGGCACAAGUCAAGUGCACAGCACAGACCUAACCAAAGCCAGUACAUACAACGAUACGAUACUAAUAGUAGCUUCAAUGGCCGACAAGAAAGAGAGCGGAGGUACAGAGGGACGAUCUUGUGAUGGACCUCAGACCUUGUCAGUUAGCAACAGUAACUAUGGAGUUAGAAAGCAGUUUAAAAGUAGAGCACUACCUUAUACCAGCAAAGACAAGAGAGGCCAUGAUCGGACUAGAGCACUACAACCACGUAAUGGGGAGGCCACUACUAGAGGGUACGAUCAGAGACCCUCCAAUCAGAGGCAGGGACACAAGGCUGGGACAGGGGACAAGAAAAACAAGAAGUUCCCCCUCUUGUCAGAUCCACUGUCUUCCUACGAGGAUGGAGGCUACAAAGGAGGGAAGAAUAAGCCGUCUCUGAACUAUCUGCUAAACUUCACGAUAGCCUCAACAGAGAGAAGGUCUGGUUUUGUGGGUGUGUCUGGUGGCAGGAGACGGACGCGUACUGGCCAUUCCUAUAACAAGGAGCAGUUCCUCCAGGCAAACUGUCAGUUUGUAGUAUCAGCGACUGGAGAGUACAGAGUUCACAGCAGUGACCCCGAUCUGUUGGUAGACUGGGAACACAUUGAACAAGUGCGAUUGUUCUGCCAUGAGAUCCCCUCGUGCCCCAUCUGUCUCUACCCUCCCAGAGCAGCCAAGAUCAGUAGGUGUGGUCACGUCUACUGCUGGUCUUGCCUCUUACAUUAUCUCUCCCUGGCGGACAAAAAGUGGCGCAAGUGUCCGAUCUGCUACGAGUCUAUCUACCAGAAGGAUCUCAAGAGUGUGACUGCUCUGUCCAGCCAUCAGUACACUGUCGGGGACUGUCUUACAUUGAGGCUAAUGGCUAGGAGGAAGGGCACUACGCUGGUGUUGCCCAGAGAAGAGUGGUCUAAGAAAAGAGACAGUCUUCUAACGAUUCAAGACACUGCUGUCAACCAGUGGGCCAAGCUUCUCAGUGCCACUCCUGCUCAAGUGCUGGCUCUGAUAACAGGGCCUGAGGGAGAGGAGCUCCAUACUCAACUGGCCAGUAUUGACAAGGACUCAGUCUCAGAGCAACGAUUUGUUGAGUCAGCACUUCAUGAGCUAGAGGAGAGGGAGGCCACUCUCAGGAAAUCACAAGGUUUAUGUGAUACUAAGAUGGUGGAGGCAGUACAGAGGACAUCUAAUCCCAGCCCACCAGAGGUUUGUUUUGAAGAUCCCUUCCCUAACCACCGCAGUCAAGAGCAGGAGAUGGUUUCACCGACAGAGGGUGGAGAGGGGUCAAAGGUGACUGUGGACCCACCUAUUGUUAGUACCUUGAACCCUGUCCUUGAUGAUAGCAGUCUGACCUCUGUGGACUCUGACACUACCACGCAUGACAGUCCCCUGUCCUCCUCCUCCAGUGAUGGCAGCUCCCAACCCCUGGACAAUCAUCUGGUCUACUUCUACCAAGCUUGUGAUGGUCAACACCUCUAUCUGCAAUCUAUCAAUGCCAAGUGUCUCAUCAAGGAGUAUGGUGGGCUAGAGUUGUGCCCUGAUGAGAUCCAAGCUACCAUUGUACAAAUGGAUGACCUAUCAAUAUCGAAAGAGGUGCGAUCUCAUUACCGCUAUCUGAGUCACCUUCCCCUGACAUGUGAGCUGUCACUGGUGGAGGUCGACCUCAAACCACCCCUACUCUCUAAAGCAACACUCGCCUCCUUUGCUGACGACCUCGCGGUUAGGAGGCAACAAAGAUUGAAAAAGAAGAAAGAGGAGAGACGAAGAGAGAGGAAAAUGGAGGCAAAGGAAGUGCAAACAAUGGAAGCCAUGUUUGUUGUACCCACGUCUGCUCAUGAGAUGACUCCGGAGGUGUUCCAUGACUUCCUCUCGUUGGCUUCCACACCGUCACAGUCACAGCAGCUACCACCAUCAGAGGACUCUCCAUCGUCAGGCCCCUCCUUUGCUCAGGCUCUACAGGGCAGCAAGCCUCCCUCCACCUGGCCAGUCCAGUCCCCACCCAGAGCUUGGUCCUCUGUCAGUAAUGGCACCACAUGUGUGGUGGAUAUGAGGACUGUGUCAGAUGAUGAGGGAGCCGCACCUAUGUUCAAGGAUGCCUUCAACAAUGCCCUGGCCUCAGCCUCUGUGUCAGUUAGGGCAGCUCAGAAUGUGUCCGGGGGGAAGCCAGGGAGCAAGACUGCCAAGAAAGGUCGUAAAAAGAUGGUCCUCUUCUCCACAGGAAGCACACGAGGAACUAGUUGAACACUGUACCAUUAGAACAAACAUGGGACAUACAAAGACUGUACCAUUAGAACAAACAUGGGACGUACGAACAGAGCUUUCUAUAGAUACCGUUUGGCUUUAGCGGAGCAUUUUUAAUUUUGAUUUUAAAUUAAUCAUUCAGUACGUCAUUUCCAGCCACGCUAAUUAGGAUCGCAAACUUAGAUAAUUAAUUAAUUUUAAUGUUAUAAUAUUAUGUGUUUACCCCAUCUGAAUGACCUAAUUCCAUUAAUUUUAUAAUAAUAAUAAUCUUGUUUGAAGAAA